AUGUUCUUUCAGCGAAUUUUUGACCGCAAACCAAUUUCAAAUAAUGGACACACUGAAAAUAAUAAAAGUGUCAUUUAUGACUUGAGUGACACAAGUGUUGACAUUGACAAUAGCAAGGAUAAAAACAACAACAACAACAACAACCAUCAAUCAAAUUGCAGUGGAGACUCUCUUGUCAGUGUCUGUGAUAAUAAAAUGCAACGCCGUCCGGAGCUAACAGUGGGCGCCGUACAGUUAACCCCACUGUGGGAACAUGUUUUACGUACGCGUCGCUUGCCGGAAACAAUUUGCCCGGCUACAAUGUAUGGCGAAUUCCACGAGCGAUUGCAGGAUCCAGAGUGGCAGGUUCGGCAACAUGCAUUACGCGUCCUUGUCGAUGUUCUUGUGGUGAUGAAAUCAAGAGCGGACAAGCACAGUGUGCUUGUCCUAGGGGAUCUAAUUAAAAACCUUGGUCAUCAGGCACCAACGGUACGAAAGGGAGCACUGGACUGUCUUCGAGUCUAUCUCACCGAAACAGAAAUGCCCGAAAUUGUCAUGUUGCAGAUUCUGGACACGGGCUUAAGCCAACAACAACAGACAACAUUUGAUGAGCGACUCAGCUGCGGUGUCCUGUUGUCACUGCCCGCAUUAUUGCAAUCGAUUUUGCACACGCCACAACGUGACUUCAUUGUAAAGCACUCUAUAGAGCGUUUAAUGCAGCGCUUGCAACGUCACCAAAACCAACAGGAGAUUACACUGAAAGUGCUAGCGAAAAUCAGUGAACUUCUGGGACUAGAAGAGUUUGAAAGUUAUCUCGAGGACAUAGAAGGCAACGAUGCCUUGGCGCUGUACAAGCAUCUGUGUAAGGUAUACUUGAUAUCAAAUAAACCUUCUUCAAUUGCCAGUGGCAAUGCAGGUGCUUGGCGAGCUCUUCCUCGUGAAUAUACCUGGCGUAGCAGUAGCAAUAUUUCUCAAGCACCUGAGACUCCUGCAUGUCUACCGGAAAAGGGCAAGGUGAUUAUGGAAACGGAAAUCAAAAUCAACGAUGAUACACUGACAAUGCGCAUCCUUGAAGCGGACACUGAGACCGAGGAGACAGAUAGUCCAAUCAUGGAAACAACGGAGCUUGUGUGUCGUCCAUUGGUUAGCGCCUCCUCUCAGCGAGAUAUACGAGAUAAUGCUGGCAUUCUGCAAAUAAUUAGCGACUCGGAAAUAGAUGACACAGCGGAUCCCGAGUCUGAAAAUGCAACGGCAAUGGGAACGCCUUUUCGCAGCUUAAAGCGUGUUACUUUUGGUGGAGAGGUGGUAAAAAUGCGUACACCCGAUAGCGAUGCAGCUUCUUCUGCAAACAACAUUGAGAAUAUAGUGACAGAUGACAACAGACUCAGCGUUAACUCCAAUCCAAUGGAUAAAACUUUAUCGACACCAUCAUCACCAGAGGAGCAGAGAGAAACAGAGAAUAUGGUGAGCUCAGCCAGUGAUAAUGGAAUGACAGAAUUAACCUUGGAGAUUCCCAUCGAUAAUACAAAACCUUUGCCUCGAGCACGAAGUGCACAGUCUCCACAGCGCAGUCACAGCGUUCCAAGUGAACCGAUAUCGACGAUACCCAACGUGACCACAAUCAACUGUAAUAAAACAUCGCCAAAGCGAGAUAUAUCAAAUUCUCCUGCUUAUCGCAGUCGCAGUAUCAGUCCGGCUGGUAGCAGCAACGUCAGUCCAAAAGUACCCCAUAAAGAGAUUGAAGUGUUACAUAAUCUUCAGCGUGAUUCCGAUCCCUCGCCUCGUUCUCUACGACGCAGCGAGUGUAUGGCAAAUGAUGCAGUAACUCCUUCUCCCAUAGCAGUCACCGUGGUGUCCGCGGAUCCACCCUCAACUCCAAAUAGCUGGGAAGAUCUAGACAUUGUCAGCUAUAAAACUAUAAUGGACCUUCGCUCAGGGGACUGGCGAAAUCGUUUGCAAGGAAUAACACAACUAGAGAUAGCACUUAGCUCAUCAGCUAACCUGGUACAAGUGCAACCCUAUUUGGAUAGUCUGCUCCGCACUUUGCUCUCCUCCGAACGUAAUACAAAGGUAGCUGAGCUUAAGCGUGAGCUAUUAGUGAAUCUCAUUUCUCGUCUACCGUUGGACAACUUGGAGGAGCGUACGCAGCUGAUACUGUCAGGACUCUGUCGUCAAGGAAGUGCAGGUGCUAAUCGAGUGUGCAAAGCACUUAUGCAACGUCUACUUGCAGGCACAAUUGUCUCCAAAUUGACAGCGCCGGAAUACUUACAUGCCAAGAGCUCCAAGUUUCGUGAUCAUGCCUUACAAAUGUCUAUAUACGCACUGAUGACAUUUCCCGGCACAUGCUUUGACAUUAAUAUCCUGACUGUACAAGUCACCUAUGCCGCCCUCAACCGGAAACGACGAGUGCGUCAGGCGGCAUUAGAGGUGCUUGCCGUGCUCGCUGAUAUAUCAUCGGUGGACCAGGUUUUGCAAAUUGUGAAAGACGUUGCAGCAAGUGUAGAAUCAGGACCUGCUUUGUUGAUGGCUGUAAAAACACGAUUGUCACGCCCACAAUUGCCCAUUAUAAAACCUGAUGGAGCCGUAUUAUACAUGUUCCAUAAAACAGAUCAGAUUGACACUACGCGUUUUGGUGCAGAUGUCGAUUGGAUUAGGCAAGGUGAAGGCUCAGCCUCUCCGAAGUCCAUGAAAAGGCGUCACAUGGCAAAUAAAACACGAACUCUUCAGGACAGCAGAGAAACUGAAAAUUUGACUGCGAUUGGGACUGAAACAAGCCACAGUUUUCAUACUGAUGAGAACCUGCAUCGGCAUUCUUUUCACUCACCACCUGAAACUUUGGACAUGUCUAGACCAUCGCAUGAUUUUUCUCAAAAGAAAAACUAUGGUACUAGCGUUAUUCAAGGCAAUUUCAUUGAUCGACGCCUGGUAGCCCAGGCACAUUCUGAAUCUUCCGUGGAUGGUAGAAGUACUGACAGCACAACAACAACAUGCAGUAGUGGCAGUGGAAGCGGUAGUGGGAGUUUUAUACAAUUGACACCGUGCAACGCUGCUAUUAACCGAAGAUUAGUCAGACAGAAUUCAAGGUUUCCGGUAAUGAGGCAACACACGGAUUUCAUCACCAAUUUUAUGCGUAAUGUGCACCAAACUCCUUAUCCCUAUAGCUUUGAAAAUUCAAUGUACUCAAAAAUAAAUUAUGCACCGCACAAAACAGAAAAGCAGCAGGGACCUAAAAAGCCACCGACCAAAUCGCAACAUUUUAUUUCCCACCAAAACUGGAUGGCUAAUGUCAGUCAAUCUCAGGUUAAUUUAAAGGUGAAUGAUGCAAUCCAACAGGAUUACCAAGGAUUAGAAACCUCACAAGGAGUAGGCAGGAAUGUGACCAGCACUGCUAAAUCCAAGUUAAAGGUUGAGCCAGAAAGUGAACCGGCAACAACCACAUCAAGACAACCCAUGGCGGUCGAAUCCACACCAGGUCACGUUAUAACACUAAAUGGAGAUGGUUCCCCUUUAUCAGUCAAGUCAACAAGUUACUCACAAAAGUCAACAGCCACGGCUAAAUCGUAUAGCAGUCAUUGCGAAUUGGAUAAACAGGCUGCAAGCCAGAAUUUUAGUCGGAAUGAUGUGGAAGCAAUCAGCUUGGAGCAGCAAUUUGGAGAUCUCAUCGUUGACGACGUAGAGGAUGAAACGGAUUCGCUAACUCAGGAGCCCGUUUUGAAGCGCAACGAAAGCGUCAACAGUCUGCACAGCAAAACAGAAAGCAUAAAGACACAACUGGAAGAUGGUACACCACAAAUGUCACGGGCACAAUCCAUCAAAUCACUUGCCAUUGAAGAGGAGAUUGAAAGUAGCAAUAGUUUUGUAGUUGUCGAGGAACUGCAGCAUGAGCUCGAAUCGAAACAACAGACCAAGUCAAUAGAGGACAACGAAAAGCCUGCGGAAACAGUAUCGCAAGCUUCAUCCAGCAGAAAGGAUGAGAGGACCAUACAUUCAAGAAGCAUCUCACUGGACUCGCUCUAUGGCGCACGACCCGCAUCGAAACAAGGCUCCAUGGACACAAGUAUCUGCACAACGGAUAAUAGUUCACAACUCGACAAUAUAAAAUUACCUGCAAGAGUGCAGCAUACACCGCUAAAACAAAAGUCAAAGACAUCAUAUUUUCUACGUGGCCAACGACGCGUCUCCCCAGUGAAGCAGGCCAUCAAAAUGUCCCAGACGGAACUGUUCCCACCGAACAUGUCUCGAUUUGAAAAGCCACGCGAGGCCUUGAUUAAAACAUUCGAUCAGCUAGAUUCUAGCAAUUGGGAGGUGAACAUGACGGGACUCAAGAGUAUGGUGCGCAUGAUUCGUUAUCAUUCGGAUCUCUUGGACAGUCACAUGCACAUGACGUGUAUUCAACUAACCCGAUCCGUUCGCAAUUUACGCUCCCAAGUGGCUCGUGCUGCCUGUCAGGCCGCAACCGAGUUGUUUACCUUAAAGUGCAAAUCCUUGGAGGUCGAAUGCGAUGAUUUGGUUUGUGCUUUACUCCAUCGUACGGCAGAUACCAAUCGCUUUCUGCGAGCUGAUGCAACGCGUGCCCUGGAGUCUAUGGUUGAUCACUUGCAAGCGCCAAAAGUACUCAAUAUAUUGACGACAAAAGGUGCUCAACACCAAAAUGCCCUGGUGAGGACAACAACUGCUAAACUAUUGUUCCGACUAGUCGAGCGUUUGGGCAGCGAUCGCAUCUAUGCCAUGGCUCGUGAAAGCCGUGACAAAUUCUUCAUGGUGGGGGCGAAUCUUCUGCUUGAGGGCAGCCUGGAGACGCGCAGCUAUGCCAAAUCGUUGUUCCGUGCCUUGUCGGAGCAUGCCAGCUAUCAGCGAUUGCUAUUAGAGGUUAUUCCGGCGCGAACUUAUCGAAAUGUGGAGAAGACAUUAAGAAGCAUAACUCGCUAAGCUUUUUACAUAUUUGUGGGCAGAGCUGGGAGUUGGGAUUCAAAUUGAUUAUAAUUAAAUUAUUAAACAUAGUUGAAACUUCCAGCACUACACAAUUAUUUAAAACUUAUAUCUCCAUUUCAUUAUAAAACAAUUUAAAUCAUUUAGAAAAUAAUAGAUAACAUUUUGAA